UAACUUAUUAUAAAGACUGAAUGAUUAACUGCUAACGAAAAAUGUUCAUGGACACAGUAUUAUAUAUUUUCUUUAUUUUCAUACAAAUUGAUAUAACGUUUGGACAGACUGAUCCAUGUGAAAGUUAUUCAACUUUAGACAAUGUUAAAAGGUCUGCUGGGUAUGUUCUUGACUUGGAUAAUGAUAUAGCAAUAAGUGAUGACAGACUUGAUCCUAGAUGGUAUAGAAUUGUUAGUGUAGCUGGAGAAGACAUGCCUACUGCAGCGCCGGGUACUUUCAGAUGCGGCUCGUGGUACCCGAUAUGGUUAGAUGGUACCCUACCAACGGAUGUAAACUCUGAAGUGUCACAACCUGUAUGCGUUCAAACUUUAAUUAGCGACUGUCAGUCCACCUGGAAUAUCGACAUUAGAAGGUGUGCUGGUGGAUUUCUUGUUUACAAUUUACUAAGUAGUCAGCUUACAAAGUCGGCUUAUUGUUUUGGGACAGAGGUGAAAUGUCCCGAUGGCGAGUAUUCUGAAACAGGAUAUUCACCUGGGUGUUCAUCUGACGUGCCCCCUGACACAUUUGUAUCUGUUGUUCAACCAGAACUGGCAGAAGGUGCUAUCUUGAAUCCUGCACUAGGACCUAGCUUAGAGCCAGUAUUUAAAUGCUCGUUUACUGAAGUUGCUGGACAAGCUUAUGUGUAUGAUGUGUAUUGGUUCAUAAAUGACCAGUCUGUAGUUACACAUAGAAGACUUGAGUUCCCCAACAUCGACCAAGCUUUAUUGCGUCCGAAUGACUGGGUCGGAAACUACCAAAUGAAUAUGGUGGUGAAAUGUGCUAUUCGUGCAAGACUUGAUGCAAACUCUGUUCCUGGACCAUAUUUUUAUAGCGAUCUGUUUGAAGCCGGUGUAAAGCCUGAUAAAUACAACUAUCAAAUAGUCGAAGGACAGGAAAUAGCAAUUCCAUUUAGGGCUUCAGUCCCUGUUGGUUGCAUUGGUUCAAUAGAUUUAAUAAAGAGACAGUGCACACAUACACUGAAAGUAUCACAGCCGGAAUAUCAAGAUAGUCCAGAGGAAACAUGCACAACAAACAUUGAACCGCAGUCAUUAGCAUUUGAAACACAGGAUUGUGGGAUAACACUUUCAACGACGAACUGGAACGAGCCUGUUUAUUUGAAUGUUACUGGAUACGUUGAUAACGUUUACAAUUCAUUUGAUAGGACAGGUAACAUUCGAAUAACAACAGAAGCAAACAGUGUAACAGAUCUCUCAGGUGUUUGGAAUACAGUGAAUAUACCAGAUAUUCAGGUGGUAGUGUCUGAUCAUGACUCUGCGAUGACAUCUCGCAUAUGUCGUACGUGGAAUGACCCGCGGUACCAAACUGCUGAUGGCCAUAGUUUCUGGCAUCAUGGCUCAGGAGAGUUUAUUUUAUACAAACAUAAAAGGUAUCCAUAUUGGGUACACACGUUGACAACAACCUGCCCGCAAGGAUCCUGCAACUGCGGAAUUGCAGUUCGAAGUCACGACUCUCUCUUUGUAAUCCGUACUUGUGAUGUAAUCGCAACAGAGUUUUAUGCGUCAGGAAGAUAUUAUCCAAGCAUAUCAUAUGCUGUUUGUGAUAAUAAGCACAUGGUCAUUGAAAAAACGUCAAAUGGUUAUAAGGUCACGCUUCCAAUAGGCACAGAAAUUAGUAUUCAUGUGAGUGGAAACUGGAUUCCAACAAUUACGCUAAAACCCUCUGCCUUAGAUAUUGAACAAAGUGAGGGCAUCUGUGGAUUUAUUAGCCAAACAAAAGAUUCAUCAGAUGAUUUCGUACCAAGAGGAUCAACAACUUCAAUAUCAUCAAGUACAGAGUUUGUGAAUUCAUGGCGAGUCACUCAGAAUUCUACAGAGGAAUUAUUUUCACCGUUUCCAAUUUUUACAUCAGAAGAUUUGUUUUUAAAAGGAUAUUGUAUAUGCGCCAGUGAAGCAGGUCAUAAUGAUGAUAUUACAGUUUUUACAGAUGUCCAUUGUAAUCUAACAACGCCAAUGAUACAAUGUAAAAACACACGAACACCACUAGCAGAUAGGUUAUAUCAAGAAUGUCAUACUACAGUGACAACCAGGCGAAAAAGGGACACUUCAGAUAUGGAACUUCAUGAUAAAAUAAUUGUAAAACGAAAUGUUUUAGAUAGUGAUGAUAUAAUGGAAGAGAAAACACUGACAUAUGAUGCAAAUUACAAUCAAGAUUAUUUACCACCAGAUCCUGUAUGGAGAAAUGGAUGGUCAGAAGAAUCAGCAAGGCAGGCGUGUACCAAUGGACUUUCAGAGAUGCCUGCUCUUGCCUUAUGUCAGAUGUAUGGCCAUUUAGUUUUAUCAUACUACAUAGAAUCAUGUGUAAUAGACGUUAAGAUAGCAGGCAGUACAGAAUUCCUUCAGUAUACCAUCUGGUUAAUGGAGGAUGCUUGUAAAUAUGAAAUAAACAGAAACGAAACUCUCUUCACAAGUACCUCUGGUAGUGAUGGAAAUUCUGUUCUCCAAAUGAUACAAAAUCUGUUAUGUCCUUCUAACUGUAGUAAUCAUGGUCAUUGUAACAAAACUGAAUGUGUUUGUUAUGAUGGGUAUAUUGGAUCUGAUUGUUCGACCUCAAUAUCUGAACCACCACGAGAAGUAACUGUACCCGACGAAGGAUUAUGUCGAACUAAGUCAAGAGCAUGCAAAAAGACAAACAUUUUUGGAGUGUUUCACACACCGGUUGUAUAUUGCAAAUUUCAACAUUUUACUAUUGCUGAGGAUGGGAAACAACUUUCUGGGAGUACACAGAUCAAAACAGCUGUCUUUUCAUUUGACAAUAUGAUUUCCUGCGAAUUCCCGGAGUCAAGGAAACGGCGAUCAACAUACAACGAUGCAGAAGGAUAUGAUAUAUAUCUGUCAUAUGAUCAAAUAAAUUACGGCGACUCGGUCACCGUUAUACUAUUUCCAGAAGACUGUUUGGCUUGUAAUGUUUCAACAUUAACUUGUGUUGAAGUAGAAACUUGUCCAUCAGAUACUGAAACCCAUGAUGUUAAAGACACAAAAUCAGGUAGUCUUCCGACAGCCAUCAUAGCUGUUAUCAUAUCAAUAGUUGUGUUCAUUACAAUUGUGUCAGUGCUUGUCUGGAUGAAAUAUAAAAAGUCCAAAGAAAGAAAACAGCGACGAAAUAGUAAUCAAAGUGAUCAUAGUAUAUUCCCAAAGACAGGUAUUCAUAACGAAAACUGUCCACCAUGCUCAACAGGCGUUCCAAUGCAGUAUAGAAAAGACACAAGUGACCUAUCGAUUGCAUGGACAGAAGGAAACGCUAGCCCAGUAGAUCUCUUUAGAGCUAAUUCAUAAAACUAAUUAAGUCAUCAUAAACUCUGUAAAACCAUCAUUUUUUUAAAAAUUAAAACAAAACCAAGACACUCAUCUAAUGCAACCAUAAACAAUUCCUUUAUUGAAAAGAUAAUGUAUGAUACGAACUAAAAUCAGUCCACUAAAACGGUGCGCGGUAUCAACAUUUUAGAGUUUAAAAUAUUUCUCAAUUAUGCUAAUUUUUUGAUCGAUGAGUGGAUAGCUAUAGACUGACGAAUUAAAUAGUAAUGACAGAGUGAUAUUAAUAUAAUUAUUUAACCAUACCUUUUGAAUAUUGACCGAAAUAGUGUUAGAAAAAAGAGAUGUGGUAUGUUUGGCUUUCAGACAUCGACCCACCAGAGGCAAAAAUACGAGGAUAUGAUAUUAUACAGGGUAUUGUACGACUUUCAGUGAAAAUAAAAAAAAACUCAAAUCCGUUUAGUAAGCUUUAACAUGUCGCGUGAUAAAAAAAAACCCCGUAAAUAACUUGUUUCAUGUUUCAUGUUUCAUUUUUUGUAUCAUUAUACCAUAUAUAUCUACAUUGUUUAACCAAAUUUGGUAAGAAUUACAAAAAAAUGGAUUUAAGCUUGAAUUCUGUAACUUUCAAAAUAUGGCAUUGUGUUUUUUUACUUCAAAUUACAAGUAUUGCUUAUGACUUUGUUACAUGCGUGUACCUUUUGUUGUGUUUUUCAUUUUAUUUAUACCUUCAUUUCUCAUUGUUUGAGGAUUUGAUUUGAUUUUAUAUGUCUUUAACUGUGUGUGAUAUGUUAAAACUAAUUUAACACUUAAUCAGUUGUUUAAAGCACUCGUGUGUUGGUGAAGAUUGUAUGCGGAUCACUGGUUGUAUUCUGAGUUUUUUUGUGUUGAUUAAGAUUAACAUAAAUUGCUUGUACAUCUGUGUUUUAAAUUUAUAGCACUCUUUAAUGGAAAUACGGAAAUGUCUAAGAGACCACCAAAUCAAAAGGCAGGAAAAAAAGUAUAGCCCAAUUCUUAUUCAUAUGUUUCUUUAUUUUUUUAUUGUUUACUAUUUUAUGAUGUUACUAUUUUAUAAUUACUAAUUUUACUGAAAACACACCUUCAAUUGGAGGUUUAAAGA